GAGGAAUAAGCAAUAUACACUGCUAAUAUAAUACAUAAUACUCUGCAUGCAAUAUACAUUCGCUAUACGAAACAGACCUGUUUUUCUGUCGUUGUUAAGUGAAAUGAGGAUUAAUAUACGAUUCUCAGACUGGUAAGUACUUUUACUUUAAUAACAUUUUGUUAUUUACAAAUUAUCAAUUUAUAGCCAUCACUGGCAACAACGUACCGAGAUCUUUCAUGGCUUUUGCCGUGUUUCCUCAAAAUAUGUAGAUGGGGCAAAUGGUGUUGGUCAACCAGCAGUUGUCAGAAUAUAAGUGUCAACAUUUCAGUGAUUUUGACCACAACUGAUGUCCAAAGAGAAACCUACCAACACUGAACUGCGUGACGUGUCCUCAUUGACUCACAGUCACACGACUCUGUUGCGCUGGCUAAUGAUAUUAACUCUGAUUUAGAAAAUGUCACAGAUUGGUUAAAUGUAAAUAAAUUCUAAUCCCAUCCUUCUAAGGCUAAGCUUAUUGUCACAGGAUCUAAACAAAAUUUGACCAACAAAGUUGGUGAAUUGUACAAAAGUAUUAUCAUGAACAAUAACGUAAUUUCAUCUGUUGUCUCGAAUAAAUGUUUGGGAGUCUUGAUGACAGGUUGACUUUUGAUAUCAAUAUUGAAGAAAUAUGCAAGAAGAUCUGUUCAGGCAUAGGAGCAUUGAGGAGAAUUAAACCAUUCGUUCCGCAGAGUUUUCUUGUUACAUUAUACAAAUCAUUAACUCAGCCAUAUUUUGAUUAUUGCUCUCCCCUGUGGGAUACAUGCGAUAAAAUAUUAAAAGAUAAAUUGCAAAUACUACAAAAUCGUGCGGCUAGAGUUAUCACUGGAGCAAGAUAUGAUGAUAGGAUCAGAUCAAGUGAUCUCUUGGAAGGUUUAGGAUGGGAUAAUUUACAUGUUAGGCGGGUUAAGUUGAAGAGUAUCCUAAUUAUGUAUAAAAUCCUUAAUGAAAAUUGUUUGCCAUGUUUAAGAGAAAGCCUCGUAAGACUUAAAGAACUUAUUAGAGGCCAUAAUGUACGAAAACAGGAAACGGAUCUAGCACUUCCAAAACCAAAAACUAAUUUUUUGAAGCGAAGCCCGUAUAGUGUUGCUGUGGAAUAAUCUUCCAUUAGAUGCAAAAAGAGCGACUUCGCUCAGUCAAUUUAAGCGUAGUAUUGCGGAACUGUCCUUUUAGAACCAUGUUGACUUAAUUAUAGUUAAUCUUUACUUACUUUACUUGACUUUAUUUUUCUUUGUUGUUGGGCGGGGGGGAGGUUGGGGGUUUAUAUAAUAUUCUAUAUAUUUUACUGUUUUAUAUAUCACGCUCCUCCUGUAAAUCAGCUUUCAGUCGUGCGAGGCUAGUGUGUUUUCAUUUAAAUAAAAUUGAUUGAUGACGAUGACAGUUCACAGGGACGUACGUAGCGAAGACUCAGUCGUUGCGGCCGUCGGUGUAAGAGUCCAAAUAACCUGAAUUUGUAUUUGAAAUUUAUUUUAGUUUUAUUCACGAGUACAGCAAAGUAGUUGCAUGGUGUUUCAGUAUUUCCUAAAUAUACACUUCAUGUAUAAAUAUGGAAGGUCACUAGUUGAUGAUGCCGUCGAUCGGAUGAUUAAUUGUAUUUAUUAAACAUAAUCAGAGUACAUAAAAAAUCAGUACAAAAAUCAUAGCCUAUAAACAUUCCUUAAAAUAUUUCUAGACUCGACCAAAAGCUUUUUAGUUUAUUAAACACUGCGGGGGGUUAACGCCUUUCACAAUUUAAUUUUACAAAAAUAUUUUAAUUACUUAAUUAUUCUUCUACAGCAUCCGCCGACAUAACAAACGUUUGAUUGUAUAAAACCAAAAUUUCGACUUUAAAAAUUUAUUAUUGACAAAUCCUAUGUUAUAUAGCAACGAUAGAUCCCCAAUUUUGUCUAAUAGGCAAAAUAUCAUUAUCCACAUUCUUAUCUACAUGUUUGUAUAUAUUUUCUUUACAGGAAAUCAAAGGGAAUUAGAAAGAAAAUUUAAAACCUAGAUUGGUUAAAACCAUUUCGAAGCAAAAGAUGGAUUUGCCUUGUCUUGCAAAAAAGGUACAUGAAAGGAUUAUGACUCACAUAAAGAAAACUGAAAAUAUUGAACAGCUUAAUGUUGCAGGACAUGCGAUACCAGAAGUACAAGACCUAAAGGACGACUUGAUAGGAAUCAAAGAAAUGGCAGAAAAGAUGAUAGAGGGAAUCAACGAAUCGGCCGAGCUAAAUCUCGAGGAAAUCAGGAAAUUAGAAAGAAAAGUAAGCAACUCAGAACAGAAAAUAAGGAGCUUAGAAGAAAAAAUAAGGAUCCUUAAAGAGGAUGAAGAAGAUGAUCAAAAGCGAGUUGCUCGCCUGGAAGGAAAGGUUUUUGGAACAGACGGACAGAUAGCACAUUUAAAUAAAAAAGUGGAGCGACACGAAAUCAAAUUAAAGGAGAUAGAAAGUGUUCUUCAUACAGGCCAGAUUGAAGAGAUGAAAGAGUAUUCUUUAAACUACUCGAGUCCAGAAAACAGUUUGCGCACCCAGUAGUUGAUCGGGAUGCGGUUCAAUCGCAGAUUUCGGACGACUUCACUGAUGAAGAAAAGAUGCGUGUUAGAGACAUCGUCAACAUAAUUAAGCGAGUGAACGAAUUAAUGCAGUAGAGACCAUCACCAACAUCAUAACCAUCACCAUUAGCAAAGAAUCAACAAUAAUAAUCACAAUAUAAUCAGCAAAAACAGAAAUUAAUAUAAUCUAAGCAAUAUAAACAUCUAUACCCAUACAUGGUUUAUUUAGUCAGUAAAACCAUGGACGAAAUCGGAGUUUCGACUGCUCUUACAAAUGACACGUCCUGCGCUGGGAAAUUGCAGUUGAACUAUAACAUAUGCCUGAGAACGCGUAAUUGAAAGUUGGUACUUUUUCUGUUCCUUAUCAUUAAAGGUAACAGAAACCCAUGCCCCUCGCCUUUGGUUGCGCCUUCGUGGCCUAAGCCAUUAUUAUAGUAGUACAAAGUCUUGUAGUACAAAGCUGAAACUGAAAAUUUCACAGACAGCAACAUUGAAAUGGGGAAGAGGGGUUUUAUAUGAUAGUUUUGCAAUUGUUUACAAAAAUAACCUUCCGAACUAGUCUCACCUAUCAAUGUCACGGAUUGUAGUUUUGCAAAACCGUGAAUAGACCCCUUGCAGUUGGCUUGAAAACAAUUUGUAUAACCAUACUGUGCAUGGAGAGCAAGAAAUGCUAUUCUUUCUCUUACUUCUUUGUUUUUAAAUUCCACACAGCCCACAACUCUCCAUGCUCUUCAGUUACUUUAAUUGUUCUCGACUAUUUUUAAUUAGCUGCAAAGAGCGCAUUUCCAAGUAUUCAGUCAGUAUUUCAAGUAAUGUUUCCUAAGCAUUUUUAAGCGUGUGGGUCUCUUGUUGUUAUUGAAUUCCGACGAAGCAGCCACAAAGUAGUGACGUACAUUACUAUUUGUCCACUUUCGCAUGAACAAAGUGUUUAUUUUGUAAUCCAAAUCUAAUUAAAGACCGAGCUUUAUUACGAUGAUUUAAUGGGUUCGCUCGAAACGUCGUAAAGUUUUUUAUCCUAUGGCACUUUCACUUCGAAAUGUUUAUAAUCUGUCUUCGGCGCAAGCUAGUUCCCACACGAACAAUGCUUGGCAGCGUACUCAAUUGGAUAUUAACCCCACAUUACAA